AUGUCAAAGAAACAAGGUGGAUGUUGUGGAGGUGACUCUAACAAAAGUGAUGGAGGUGUAUCGCCAAGCAUCGUUGAAGGAAACAAUACAGAUAAUAGAAACAAAUUAGAAAAAGGUGUAAAGUUGGUAUUGUUGGGUGAUAUGAACACUGGAAAGACAUGUAUAGCCUCUCGUCUCGUUAGAAACGAAUUCGUUCCAACUGAUUCAACUAUUGGUGCCGCAUUUUUGGUAAAGAAUAUGACAUUGGAUAAUGGAAAUACAGUAAAGUUGGAGAUUUGGGACACUGCUGGUCAAGAACGUUAUAGAAGUCUUACCCCAAUGUACUACCGUGGAGCAUCAGCUGCUGUUAUUGUUUAUGAUAUUACUAAAAAAAAUACUUUUGAAACUUUAAAGAGAUGGGUAUCAGAAUUACAAAAGCAAGCAUCACCCAACCUUAUUUUGGCCUUGGCAGGAAACAAGGCUGACUUGCCACAUCGUGAAGUACAAGUAGACGAAGUUAGCAAAUACAUCUCUGAACUUGGUGACGUUAUAUUUUUUGAGACAUCAGCACAGACUGGUUUUAACGUUAACGAGCUAUUCACUGAAAUAUGCAAGAAAAUUACAAGUAAAGUAGUCAAUUCAAUAGAUAGAUGGAUAGAUGGACAGAUAGAUAACGACAAUCACUCUUUUGGUCUAUUGGCCGAGUACGAUAAUGUAUUCAAUACUAAAGCAAUUAUGAUCCAAAAUGUUUUGAUCAAAAAUUUUGAUAUUAACCAAAUAAAUUCCAUUCCACCUCCAACUUUCUCUGACUAUAUUAGAAACAAAAUACACAAUGAGACAACAAAUCAAAACUAUCCAACUCUUAAUCAUGAUGAUCAUGUCUUGAUGGAGGCUGCUUCCACCCACUUUUCAUGUUCUGUUGUGGUUUGGAAUGAUAAGUCUGUAGAUUGGUCUCUAUACGAUUGUUUGGUCAUCCGAUCACUCUGGGAUUAUGUUCAUAAAUUUGAAGAGUUCCAACAAUGGAUGAAAAAGAUCGAAUCGAUGCCCAAGAUCAAGUUACUUAAUCCAACUUCAUUGAUCCGUUGGAAUUGGAAUAAAGUAUACUUGAAGGAAAUGAAUGAACUCGGUGGCAUUGAUACCAUUCCAACAGUCUAUGUCACUCAAGGAGACAUUUGUCAGACCAGAAAGACGAUCCGUGACUUUAUCGAACUUGGCUUUGAAAAGAGAAUCUUUCCAGAGACCCAGACUCAUUUUGUGAUAAAGCCAACCAUUGGUGCCAACGGCUACGGUACCUACCGAUUCACACUCGACACCUGGACACAGUACCAAUCAGAGUUUGAGUCACUCUUAAAGGAGAGUCAAAUGAUGAUCCAACCAUUUGUAGAGUCUGUCCUUACCCAAGGUGAAUUCUCAUACCUCUACUUUAACGGCAAGUUCUCUCACUCUAUCGUCAAGAAACCAUGCAAGAAUGAUUUUAGAGUACAAGAGGAUCACGGUGGAUCAGUCCAAAUCAACACUCCAUCAUCAUCUGAUAUCCAAAUCUCUCAAAAGGUUAUUGAUUACAUUUCCAAACAAAUUACUAAACCUUUAUAUGCUAGAGUUGAUAUGUUGUUGUAUAAUGGUAAAUUAUGUUUAGGAGAAUGUGAAUUAUUUGAACCAACAUUAUAUUUUAUGAAGGAUUCAAAGAUUGCUGAUAGAUUCUUUGUUGCUUUGUUGGAGAAUUAUACUGCUGCUGUUGCUGCUUCCAACAUGACUACCAUCACUGUCAGUGCUGCUCCAUCACAUAUGGCCGCUAGUACAUCACUCAAACACAAGAUUUCCAUUAAUCUAUCACCACUCAUCUCGCCCAGAGCAUUGUCCAGCUUUGACAAUACCUCAUCAUCUUCAAAUGCCCCAGGUAAUGCAUCGCCACGUAAUGUUACACCUCUUAGUCCAUCAGCAAGAGGUUUGAUGAUGAAUCUCGGUGGUGUCGAAAGAGUCACUCAACUUGAAAUUUCAACCAAUUAA